AAAAGAAGAAUUUCCUCUCCUUCUUGUCAUUCUGAAUGACUGGGCACCUCAGAGUCCUAUCUCCAUCAUUACACAGGAAGCCGAGGACUUCCUACUCUCUCAGGACCUGAACCUUGAAAACAGGGACUCUAAAAACUCUAGAAACAAAGACUUCGUGGACAAACGCCCUUGAUGCCAGGAGCCCACUGCAUUUAACAGCAAAGCAAGUACAGACACCGUCUCCCCGGACCCGUGGCAGAAGCCAGCAUGGAAACUUCAACCACUCCAAAGGGCUAUGAGGGGACCACAGAGUAUGACUAUGAGGACACAACCCCAUGCCAGAAAGAAGAGUUGAGGGCUUUGGGGAGUCAGCUGCUACCCCCCUUGUACUCCCUGGUGUUUGUGAUUGGCCUGGUUGGCAACAUCCUGGUGGUCCUGGUCCUCGUGCAAUACAAAAGGCUCAAGAGCAUGACCAGCAUCUUCCUGCUCAACCUGGCCAUCUCGGACCUGCUGUUCCUCUUCAUGAUGCCCUUCUGGAUUGACUACAACGUCAGGGAUGACUGGGCCUUCAGCAACGGCACGUGCAGGCUGCUCUCGGGGCUCUACUACGUAAGCCUGUACAGCGAGAUCUUCUUCAUCACCCUGCUGACCAUCGACAGGUACCUGGCCAUUGUCCACGCCGUGUUCGCCCUGCACGCCCGGACCGUCACCUUUGGUAUCGUCACCAGCCUCCUCACCUGGGUCCUGGCCAUUCUGGCUGCCAUUCCGGGCUUUUACUUUUCUAAGGUCCAGUGGGAGUUCACUCAUUACACCUGCAACCUCCAUUUCCCUCACGAACACCUGAAGCAGUGGCAACAGUUCCAGGCCCUGAAACUGAACGUGCUGGGGCUGGUCCUGCCUCUGGUCACCAUGAUCGUCUGCUACACGGGGAUUAUAAAGAUUCUGCUCAAGCGGCCGAACAAGAAGAAGGCCAGAGCCGUCCGCCUGAUUUUUGUCGUCAUGAUCAUCUUCUUUCUCUUCUGGACCCCCUACAAUCUGACUAUAUUUUUCACUGCUUUUCAAAGUAGCCUCCUGGCUAAUGAGUGUGAGCAGAGCAAGCAGCUGGACCUGGCCCUGCAGCUGACGGAGGUGAUCGCCUCCACGCACUGCUGCGUCAACCCCAUCAUCUACGCCUUCGUGGGCGAGAGGUUCCGCGGCUACCUGCGCCAGCUCUUCCACCGGCUGCUGGCCGUGCGCCUGGCGAAGUGGCUCCCCUUCCUCCGCACCGAGAGGCUGGAGGGGACCAGCUCCCCGUCCCCCUCCACCGCGGAGCAGGAACUCUCCAAUGGGUUCUGACUCAGGCCCGGGCAAGAGGGACCCGCUGGAGAGGAGGCAGCUUGGCUGUCCCAGCCCGAUCCUGACCCCUGACACAGGCUGGAAUGUGGCCACCUGGGGUUGAGGUGGUCUAGACGCUUCACCUCCGCGGCUUCAGCCUUCUCCAUGAAUUUCUCCCUGGAGAUGGAUGAGUGAACUGGAGAACAUUCCAGAAGACAGGGAAAAGGGUGCCAGAGAAGGACUUGGGCCCAAACAGGAUUUCAGGUUUUGUGAACAUGAACAUUUGUAAACAAAGCCACUGAGCAUCCCCCCACCUCUACCCCCACCACCAAUGAAUCUGUAAAUAGCAAUUUCCACAGUUGACUGGUUCAGAGCCUAGAGCCAGUCAGGAGCCAGCA